AUGGCCACUCUGAGUAUCUCUGAAAAUGAUAUCCCGGAGCUUAGCGGGAAAACGGCUAUUGUCACAGGAGGCUCGUCCGGCAUCGGCUUGGCUGCCGCCCAGAUUAUGGCCGCGAAAGGCGCCACCGUCGUCAUUUUGGACAUUGAGGCCCCAGAGGCCUCGUUGAAGACCAUCCAGUACAUCAAGUGCGAUAUUAGUCAGUGGUCGGAUCUCAGCGCCGCAUUCGCGCAGGUUGGCCCCGUUCACAUCGCCAUAGCCAACGCCGGCGUGGGUGAAGACGGAAGCUACCUGACCGACUUAUACGAUGAAAAUGGCAAUCUACUCGAGCCGACGUACACAGUGGUUGAUGUCAAUCUGCGCGGGACGUUGAACUUCGUCAAACUUGCACUGCAUAAUAUGAAGAAGAACGAAAUCAGGGGCAGUAUUGUAAUCACCUCGAGUGCGACGGCGUAUUCGGCAGAACAGUCUCUUCCGGUCUACAGCGGGACAAAGGCGGCGUUGAUCAACUACAUGCGCGCCAUGCGGUCCAUCCUCCGAGAUACCGGCAUUACCAUCAACGCCGUCGCUCCGGCCGCGACUAUCACCAAGCUUCUACCGCCCGAUCUGGCGGCGCCCAUCAUUGCAUCUGGUCUGCCCGUCAGCACGGCCCAUUUUGUUGGCCUUGCCGUCGUGUAUUCCGCCGUGGCAACCGAGUCGCAGAAGGUUCAGGCUUACGGAAACGAUACAGAUGAAUGGAAGAAGGCACCGGGCCGUUGGAAUGGCAGAACUAUCUUGACUCAUGGGGAACUAUAUACGGAACUGGAGGGGCCGCUAGCCGACUCGCGCGCUGUUUGGUUCGGGGAGGGUAAUGUCCGGGAGACUAGGCGUCAGCAAGUGGCUACGGACUUCAGGUGCUAA